GAAAAUCACCUCACUCUCCCAUCCCCCUUCUGUUCCACGACACGGCCUGCCCACACGGCACGGUAAGCCCAACCCAAGAUGGAAGAACCCGCCGCCGCCGCCGCCUUUCCCGAUCCGCCGGAGGACCCCUCCCCCUCCCCCUCCUCCGCGCCUUCUCCGGCCGCCGCGGCGCCUCCUCCGGGGCCGAGGGAGCUGGCGGCGGCGAUGGAGGCGGUGGAGCGGGACGUCGCCGCCAUCUCCGACAGCUACGCCUCCCUCUUCGCCUCCCUCCGCGUCGCCCUCGCCAACGUCACCUCGACGUCGGCGGAGAACAUGGAGUGCCUGGGAGACGUCGUCGGCCGCCUCCAAGAAUCCGCACUCGAAGCUUCUUCGAAAGGAAAUAAGUACAUCAAUUCGUGCUUGAGGUUGAAUGAGGAAAUGAGAGGUCUGGAAAGCCUAGCCAUGCAACUAAAGAUUUUACGGAAGAAUGUUGAUUCACUAGACUUGGCUGUCAAUCAGUUGCUCCGCCUCCCCUAGUCAGUUGCUGUUAUCCAGUAGGCAGUAGCUAAUGCAAGGAACAUGUAAUGACAUUGUUUCAGCAAUUAUACAUAAUAACUCGCGCUCCAAGACAGCAAAUGCUAUAAUCUGAAAUGGCACACACCAGCAAAGGAGAAGAUUUACCUUGUGUGGCAAUAUAAAAUACUACAUCCAGUGUUUCACUUCAUUUCCUCUUCUAUAUGUGUGCUUAUGAGCUCCGUAUUUGUAUAGUGGGUUAUUCAAUUCAACCCAUGGUGACAUAAUAUCAUUAUCUGUAAAUUGGCUAUAAAGACUAUCUUCAUCACUUUGUUCUAACUCCAUUCAAAAGAAAGCAAUAAAGAUCCUUUUUAUUGUUUGUU